UAACGGCUUCCUUCCACUCCAGCCCAGUCCAGGUUGACUGGAAGGCGUCGCGACCGACUCGGUUCCUUUGAGCGCGCCUGAGCUGAAUCCACAGAAAAAGGCAAAGGUUAGGUAGAAUAUAGGCGGGGAUCCCUCCCGCCACCUCGGGCAGGGCUCGAGUCGGCAGUAAUCGCAGGCUAAGUCAGGAGCUCGAAUUCCAAAGAUCAACUUUCUGGCCUUUUCUUGCGCGGAUCCUCAACUAGGAGGUUGAGGCGCAGCCGCCCCGCCAACGUUGCGCAGGGAACUGGCGGGGGUGGCUCGGAGGUGGCACCCAAACUUUUCCUUUGGGGGCUGCUUUCAUAUUGCCCGAAACGCGCGGGAAAAAAAUCCUCUUCCAUCUUAAAACAGGAUUAGCGUUCCUUCGCGGGUUCCCUCCGCGCGUGGGCAGCGGCAAAACUUGGGAAGACGUCGCCCCGGGGCUCUGCUGCUUUUUUUUUUUGGCGGGGCCGGGGCGCCCUCACUUACGUCACCUCAGACUUAAGGCGGGUUGCGUUAAGCCCGCAGGAGGGUGGUGCUAGGCGCUGCACGGCCAACCCGCGCCCCGUUUUGCUUUCCUUUCCAACCGGCCGGGCCACAGCCAUGCCGGUGACCCGCGGCUCUCGAAGCCUGGCGGGCGCGCUGCUCUUCUUCUCCGCCCUGUUGGCCAAGGCGGGAGCGGCGGGUGGCUGCGCCGAGCUGGGACGCUGCUGCUCGGGCAGGAGCCUGGAGUGCGCGAGCGCCGGUUGGAGACCCGACGGAUCCUACGGGCUCUGCUAUUGCGACCAGGCUUGCCUUUCCACCUUGGAUUGCUGCAGCGACUACCGGCGCUUUUGCCCAGAGGCCUCCUGCCUGGUCUCUGACUGGAGUGAAUGGAGUGGGUGUGCUGAACACUGCAAGGCGACCUAUCGCCGCCGAAGGAGAUCUGUGAUCCGGGAGCCCAGAAACGGUGGAGAAGCCUGCCCUGCUCUGGAAGAGAAGGCUGGCUGUUUGGAGUAUUGGACUCAGCAAGGAACAUUGUGCAAGGACUCCAUUCUCCCAGCAUUAAUAACCACCGGAGGCUACGGAAAGGCAAGGAGAAAACGUGCUGUGCUCAGCGGGAGAGAAAGAGUUGGGUAUUGUGUUGAGUUCCAGCUCAUGGACAUCACAAAAGGCUGCCUUCAUGGGAACAGUUCCUACACUCAUUGGAUGAAGUAUCUCAGUGAAGGACACACAGUGUGUGUGGAGUGUCAACAUCCAGCCCUCGAUCAGAAGAGUCUACACUGCUCUGGGGAUGGGAGUGGAGCUAAGAAGAACCAGCUACUGUACUGGCAGGCUGUGGGGAAUCCGAGAUGUAGAGGGACCUGGAAGAGGGUUCGUCAACGGGACACGUGCAUUUGUCCUUCAGUUCACAGCUUCUUGUUCAUCUGACUUUCAUUUAAUGCCACCAACAUUGAUUUUAUCACUACUGUAGUCCUCAUUUACUGAAAUUCAGGGAAUAAGAUGGAAUCUGCUGCGUGGACUUUUCAACAUUCUUCCAAUGUCUGAAGCUCUACCUCUCACUCCUAAUAUUUUAUAUUUCAAAGUACAUUGAAUAGCAGGGUUUAAAGAAGAAUCACUGUAAGAGAGACCCAGGAUUGUAAGCUUUUGACCUGAAGGCAGAGUCUGAUGAAUACAGAUAGAUAACCUUGUCAGUGCUCAAUUUGGAUCACCCUCAAGGUGCAUAAAGCAGUUUCCUCUGAAAAUUAAAAUAUUUCAAGUUGAGCUAAUGUUCACCUAUUGCUCACCAAGUUCUCUUUCUGAGUUUAUCACUUCUUCCAUUUCGACAAAGCUUAUCUGCCUAAGACAGCUGCAGCAAAGCUGGAGACAGUCAAAGAGGAGCAAAAGCAAUCUAAUCUUUCUGUUCUAUGUCCAUCCUCGGACUUUUAUAAUCUCCUAAAUCUUGUAUCAAAGCCUGAGCUUAGGGAAUUUUGGCAACAUUUCUCAUAAUUAGCACAGGAUGGUUUCUGUAUGAACAGAGAUAAAGCACGGAUGUGAUGCCGAUCACAGAACUCAGCUUCCCAAGAAUCUCCUUCCCUUAUAUUUCAAAAAGCAAGUUUUUAGAUUUUAUGGCUGCUGCCAAGCUAUGCUUGGAACUUUUAAUACCUGCUGUAAACAUGGAAGCUGUAGAUUGUUGGAAAUGAUUUCCAGGCUUGUAACUUUUGGCUUCAUGGAAAGUCCCCUCUUUUAUAUUUAAAUUGCAAUAGCUGAAUAAAUAAAUGUAUACUGUA